AUGGAAUCCGCUGCAAUUGACGUGCAAGAACUUGAAAACGCGACUAACUCGGAUGUAAACUUACGCAUUGUUAAACAAUGCUUGCGUUCCGGUAACUGGGAUAAAAAUGAAGCUAAAUCGUACUUGCCCUUCAAGAAUGAACUUGGAUUCGUUGGCGAUAUACUGGUUCGAGGUAAUAAGCUCGUCGUGCCUACAGCGUUGAAAGCGAGGAUGCUUGAUAUUGCCCAUGAAGGACAUCCGGGCGAGUCUAUAAUGAAGCGGCGACUUCGCGAUCGAGUAUGGUGGCCCGGCAAGGAUAGUGAUGCAGUGGCUCGCGUGAAAGCAUGUGAAGGUUGUCGUUUGGUUGGGUUACCUACCAGACCUGAACCGAUGAGUCGUCGCCCGCUACCGUCUGGACCAUGGAUUGAUACUGCAAUGGAUUUCCUCGGUCCAUUACCUUGUGGUUCGUACCUUUUUGUCAUCAUCGAUUACUAUAGUCGCUAUAAGGAGGUGGAAAUAAUGUCCAAAAUAACGGCCAGGGACACAAUCUGUAAACUUGACAGAAUUUUCACUCGCCUGGGGUAUCCUCGGACAAUAACGCUCGACAAUGCCAAGCAGUUCGUAAGUACAGAGUUAGAUUUAUACAGCAAGCUUCACGGAAUCACAUUGAACCAUUCAACACCAUAUUGGCCGCAAGAAAAUGGUCUCGUCGAACGGCAAAACAGAUCGCUCGUAAAACGGUUACAGAUCAGCGCUGCUCUAGGCAGAGAUUGGAAAAAAGAUCUACAUGAUUAUCUCAUUAUGUAUUAUACAACACCACACUCGACUACCGGAAAAACGCCUACCGAGCUUAUGUAUGGCUACACGAUUCGAUCAAAGCUACCAGCUAUAGGAGAUAUCGAGACCGCUCCACAAAACACAGAUUUUCGUGACCGUGACCAAUCAUUGAAAGAGAAAGGAAAAGAGAUAGAGGAUACACGCCGUCGAGCUACUCGAUAUUCAAUUGAUUUAGGUGACACUGUGCUUAUGCUGAACCUAGUGCCAAGCUCUAAGCUGUCCACAACUUUUAACCCGAGGCGAUACACAGUGGUUUCGCGAUCUGGUCCUCGUGUAACGAUUGAAGACCCUCAGACGGGAAAAUCCUACGACAGAAAUGUCGCUCACCUCAAGAAGAUUAUCGAGCUCGAGCAAUUAUCGACUAAAGUAACUGACGAUAGCUCUGAAGAUCAAGAGCUGCCCCGAGCAUCAUCAGACGAAGAUUUUCAUGGGUUUGAGCUGGAAGAUGAUAACACAGAACGGAUCCCGAUCUUGCCAGAUCGUCAACGCAGAACGGUGAAGAAACCAGCCUGGCUCAACGAUUAUCACCUUUAA